AUGUCUCAACACACAAUCUUCGUCAGCGGCGCAACAGGUACAGUAGGCGGCUCAGUCGCACGAAACCUCCUUGGAGCCGGCAUCGCCGUCCACGCCCUCGCCCGUGACCCAAGCUCUCCCGCUGCUAAAGCCCUCUCCUCCCUCGGCGCGUCUCUCACACCAGGAGGCUACGACAACGAAGGUGCCCUCGAGAAAGCUAUGAAAGGCGUCACGGGGGCCUUCCUGAACCUGAUGCCCGACUUCGUCGACCAUGACUGGGAACUCAAGACUGCAAAGCGCAUCAUGGCUGCCGCCAAGACGGCAGGCGCCACUCACUUUAUCUACAGCAGCAGCUUCUCGGUAGAUGCUCCCGAGAAGCUAAAGUACUGGGAUCCCGAAAGCUUCACCGCUGUGGUUCUUCUCUCGAAGCAGGCUAUUGAGAAUGAGGUCCGGAACGGUCGCUUCAUCACAGCUCUGAGGCCCGAGACGAAGCUGCCGACGGUGGAUCCGAACGAUAUUGGACAAUUUGCGUUGGCAGCGUACGUAGAUCCUGACAAGUUUCACACCGAGGAGAUCUCGCUUGCAUCGGAGCUGCUUACUGCGGAUGAGAUUACGGGGAAGCUUGCGAGGUUUACGGGGAAGGAUAUCAGGACUGUGUUUCUGGCUGAUGAGGAGGUUGAGGCGCAGAAGGGUGGGAAUCCGUUCUUGGCUGGACAGUUGGCUAUGCGUGAUAUGGAGCAAUUUGCUGAUAUUGAAGGGACAAGAAGUUGGGGAGUUCCUCUAGGAACCUUGGACAGGUAUCUGGAGCGGGAGAAGGAUAGAGUCACGGAGACCUAUGGGCAUCUUGCGUAG